GCUACUAUGAAGUGGUUCAUUUUGAAGCUCUACUUGUUUUCAAUAUUUCUCCCACAAUUUAUUUGCAGUGCAGAAAGCGAAAAGGUCGAAGAUGGCGUAUUAUACAGCACUUCUGUAAUGAGCAUGGUUAAGCUUUUAGAUAUGGAAGAUUCUUUAAAAGAAAACGUAGAGAUAUAUGUUCGGGAAAUGCAAGCCAAAUUGGAUAUGAUCAAAUUAUUCCUAUAUUCAAUAAAAAGAGAACAACAGCUGAGAACCCUAGAGGAAAAAGAAGAGUUUAUGGCAAAUCCUUUAAAUGCCUUUCCUUUACUAAGACGCCUCAAUCAAGACUGGCCCAAGUGGCUUAAAUAUCUGAAAAUAGCCAUAGCUCUAAAUAAUACAAAGGCAAUGCAAACACACUUAAAAUCAGCGCCUAGUAAUGAUGAUCUUAACGUGGCUCUUAAAGGUAUGACGCGUAUCGAACAAUUUUACAAUCAACAUGCGGAGGAUUUAACCAAAGGUUUCUUGUUGGAUCAGAAAUUCGACUCUCAUUUGACAGCUUCCGAUUGUAUUUCCUUAGCUGAUUUCUAUUAUAAUCAAACGCGAUUUACUGAUUGCACUCAUUGGUAUCGCAUGGCCCUAAGACUUCAUAAGAAUCCCCAAGGAAAAUUAUACGAAAGGGUAUUGGGUUUGAAGAGAAAGAAUAUCUAUAAAAAAUACGCCAAGGCUUUGCUUAAAGAAUCCAUAAGUUUAGAUAAAGCUAAACUUACGACCGCUGAGAGGGCUGAAUGGGAUAUCAUGGCCAAGCAAAUCGUAAAGAAGGAAAAUUAUCACAACAUAAAAAAGCUUAUUGAUGAAUAUCUAACUGGAGAUGAGAAAAUAUUUCAAGAAGAAGCUGCCAGACAUAAGCGUAAACCAUCGAAUCUUGAACGAGGUUGUCGUGGCAAGUGGCCAAAGCGAGUUUCAUCUGAACUGGUGUGUCGCUAUAAUAGAGAUACAUCUGAUUUCCUUAAGCUGGCACCUCUUAAAUUGGAGUUUCUGAACAUGAAACCUUUGAUUCUACUUUAUCAUGAUGUGCUUUACGACAAAGAAUUUGAAUCCAUGCGAAAUAUAGCAAUUUACAAUGCAACUAUGACUGAUGGCUGGACAUAUGUGAACUUUGACCGCAAGGGAAAGCCGCAACGGCAGGACAGAGUGGUGAAAAUGAUAUCCUUUCAGGGUACAACAGCCUCGUUUACACUCAACAUUAAUCGACGAAUCGGGGAUAUGACUGGCCUGGAGAUGCACGAGAAUAUGGUCCUGCACCUAACCAAUUACGGUCUGGGUGGUCAUUUUGGUAAGCAUUUGGAUUACGUGAACUUGGCAAAGCGACCUCCGAAUUUCUUUGCUGACUUGGGGGGCGAUCGCAUAGCAACAGCUUUGCUAUAUGCCACAGAUGUUCCUCUGGGCGGGAGCACAGUUUUUACCAAACUAAAAAUCGCCGUCAAGCCCAAGAAAGGUAACGCUUUGAUCUGGUUUAAUCUUGAUCAUGCUGGUGAUCCCGAUCCCUUGACAGAACAUUCAGCUUGUCCGGUUGUUAUGGGCUCCAGAUGGACUAUUUCCAAAUGGAUACAUGAACGGCAACAGAUUUUCAAGAAACCGUGUUUAGUCUAGCUUAGGAAUCACUCUAAAUCAGUGGUGUCAUUAAAAGAAAACAUGCAAAUAAACAGAUCACAAUGUGGGGAAAAUCUACCAGUGCCGCCGCCCAAGGCCUCCCCCUAGUCUGGGGUGUCCUUUUCAUU